AUGAAAUCAAUUCAAGGCCUUAGUAUAUACCAAUUUCCAGGUGACCAAAAAGUCAAAGCUUGCAUCAUUACUAAAUCUAGUUGUGGAGCAGUAAUUGGUAUGACACAAUUCUCAUCUCCUAACCUCUGCGUUGUCCAAAUGACCAUAGGUACAAAGAAAUUAUAUAUUGCAUCCGCAUAUGUUGAACCCCGAGACGAUGAACUUGCAACACUUGAGCGCUUAGAAGCUUUUCUUAAGGCAACGAAUGAUUCUCACCGUAUAAUAUGUGGCGAUUUUAAUGGGUGGCACCCACUUUGGGGCAGUGAAACGACUAACAAAAGGGGUUGCGAAAUUGCGGAACUUAUGAUUGGAAAUGAUAUGUACAUUUGUAACCAAGGAAGCACUCCAACAUUUGAAACCGUUACACAUGGUAGAAAUAGAUCUUCUAUUAUCGACAUAACGUUCGCCUCAGGUUCUAUAUACGAGAAUAUAAAUAACUGGAAUGUUAACCUGGAAGCAUGUCCCUUAUCCCAACAUAACUCUAUUGAAUUUACACUAAACCUACAUAACGAUAGUAUAACAAAGAGAAAAAACACCUCCACAUAUCUGUAUAAAAGUGAUAAAGCUAACUGGGCAGAGUUUAAAACAGUCUUAGAUCUCAAAAUGUGUCAUAAUGGAUGCCUAGACGUAGAUAUCUCCACAUUAAAUGCCAAAGAAUUAGAAUCAUUUAUUACAAAAAUUAUUAGUACAAUCCAUGAAGCUUGCCGGGCAUCCAUGCCAAUGAAAAACAACGGCACCCAAUGCAGACCUAUAUGGUGGACAGAAAAAUUGGAAAAACUGAAAAAAGAUGUUAUCUCCUUACAUCGUAAAAUUCAUAAUACCAAACGCAAAGGGCUCGCCAUCGACCAACUUUUAGAAGAAAGGCAAAGAAAAAAGAAAGAGUAUGGGGAUGAGCUGCGGAGAACAUCUACAGAUAACUUUAGAGAAUUUUGUGAACGGCAAGGUAAAGAGAAUGUUUGGUCAGUUACAAACAGACUCUUAAAGGAUACAAAGACUAAUUGCACACCGAGUACUCUAAAAGUUGGAGACAGACACACCAAUGAUGAAAAAGAAACCGCAAAGGCACUACUUAAUUAUUUCUAUCCUGACGAUAUUCCAGACUCUAAUUCUGCACAAGAACAACUCAGGAAAAAUUGUGAUGUAUUUCCAGAAACAAAUGACGACCCUCCUUUUAUUAAAGAGGAAGUUAUCGAAUGCAUCCAAAACAUGAAUCCCAAACGAGCUCCUGGUAUUGAUAAUCUAACCGCCGACAUUUGCACCCAAUUUUCUAAAGCCUAUCCAAAACUCAUAACCGAAAUAAUGAACAGAUGUUUAUCACUCCAAUAUUUUCCACAACAGUGGAAAAUCGCAUACGUCAAAAUUAUUCCUAAACCUAAUAAAACUGAUUGUACCAUUUUAAAUUCUUUCCGUCCAAUAGGUCUUCUACCUGUGUUCGGCAAAUUACUUGAAAAACUUUUCAUAAAUAGAAUAAAAUACCAGGCCACGCGAGAUGGAAAAAUGAGUAAUCGACAGUUUGGUUUCAAAGAGCAACUUAACACAACUGCAGCUAUUAUGAAUGCCAUAAAAACAAUCCAAGAGGCUAAAGAGAACAAACAACAGGUAAUAGCCAUCUCCUUGGACAUCAAGUCAGCAUUUGAUAAUGCUUGGUGGCCUGCUUUGCUUCAUAGACUCCGAUACAUACAGUGCUCCCGUAACAUCUUCGGAUUAAUAUCUAAUUACAUAGAAAAUAGGAAAGUAACACUGAACUAUGGAGGCACUGAGGUCACCAAAACGAUGUCCAAGGGAUGUAUACAGGGAUCAACAUGUGGACCAACUCUUUGGAAUCUAAUCCUCGACGAACUUUUGGAAACUCAGUUGCCAAAAGGAUGUCACAUCCAAGCCUUUGCGGAUGAUGUUUUGCUCAUUGCACACGCUAAAGACACAAACGAAUUAGAAAUUAUUACUAAUCAAGCACUAAGCGAAAUAGUUCAAUGGGGAGAGAAAGUCAAACUCUCUUUUAGCCCUGAAAAGACACAGGCAAUCGCCUUCACUGCAAAAGCCAAAUCAACUAAUUUAGUAAUGAACAAAAACUUGCUUUCGUUUGUCAAAGAAAUAAAAUUACUCGGGGUCAUCGUCGACACAAAAUUAACAUUCAACAGUCACAUUAAAUAUGUUGCCAACAAAGCCAUAAAAAUAUUUCAUAAACUGUGCAUUUACUGCAGACCAACCUGGGGUAUCCAACCUGAAAAUAUAAGCAUAAUUUAUCACCAAGUUAUUGAACCCAUAAUUACAUACGCUGCUGGUGUUUGGGGCCAUGCUGUAAAGAAAAAGAGUUGCAAGCGAUUACUGGAAAAAACUCAGCGCUUGUUUGCACUUAAAGCCAUCCGAGGCUUCCGCACAGUCUCCACGACUGCUGCGCUAGCACUUUCUCAGUUCAUGCCUUUAGACUUGAAAGUUACAGAAAUAAAUCACUUAGAAAACAUUAGAAGCACUGGAAUCACCCAAUACUUACCUGACGAUAUAACACUGGAAAAGCCCACACCACCCCAAAGUCUCCUACAUCCAGCUCACAGAGUUCAAAUAAUAACAGACAAGUUACAAACUCCAGAAGAAGUCCCAAACAAUUUCACACAACCGACUAAUAUAUACACAGACGGGAGUAAACUAGAGAAUGGAAGAGUAGGUGCCUCUUUUGUAGUUAUUUCGGAUAAUAAAAAUACAAUAACUAAAAAAUUUAAAUUACAUGAUAGCUGCACGGUAUUCCAAGCAGAGCUCUUUGCCAUCGAUAGAGCUUGUGCUUGGUCCCUGGAGAAAAAUAUCAGAAAUACUAAAAUUUUCACAGAUAGUAUGUCAGCAAUUCAAUCGAUAUGCAAUCGCAGUAGUACUCACCCCAUUGUAGUAAAUAUUCAUAAAAACAUAAAGAAAAUAAAAGAAUCUGGAACAGUCGAUAUAACAUGGAUAAAAGGUCAUGCAGGCUCUGCUGGAAACGAGGCAGCCGACGCGGCUGCAAAAAAUGCAGCCAACUUAAAGAAAAACUUUGAUUAUGCAAAAUUUCCCAUAAGCUUUGUCAAAGCAAAAAUAAAAAAGGACAAUCUGUUCAAAUGGCAAAAUCGAUAUUACAGUGCACCACAAGGGAAACAUACAAAAGGGCUAUUACCGGAUAUAUUCUCCAUAAAAAGACUUUGGCAAACAACAAAAGUAGAUUUUAAAUUAACCCAAAUUCUAACAGGCCAUGGUUUCCAUAGAGAAUACUUGCAUAGAUUUAAGAUUUCAAAUACAGACGUAUGCCCCUGCAAUAACCAUAGUGUACAGAAUAUAGAACACCUUUUAAAAUGCUGUACUAGAUUUGGCGCACAACGCAUGGAACAUGAAUUAUGUUGUCAGAUGCUAAAAGUCGCUCCGUACAAAAUACAGGAGCUUGUAACAAAAGAAGGUGCAAUAACAUCGUUUGUGAAUUAUGCAAGUUAUAUAAUCGAUCAAUUGAAAUCAUUCAAUCGUAACUAA